CUUAGUUCCGUGAGGCUGUGCGGUGUACGUGGUUGAGGUCUUCCCCAUAAUCUUAGCUUCAGGAAACUAAGCCUAACGACAUUGAUGUUGUAUCGUUUAACUAGUAUAAGUAACAAUGUAAAAUGAACAUGUCAUAGUGUUAAAAAGUGUCGUUCCAAUUGCCAGUGUGAAGUAAUUUGUGAAAAGAAGCAUGAUAUAGCCUAUCAAGUCAUACCAAUGUUAUGUUAAAUGCCAUGCUGAAAUGAUCAAGCUUCAAGAUGUUGUGCCAAGUGUCACUUAAGUGGUAUUCAUUUCGACUGACAUGAGCGGUAAAUUCAGCUGCUAGACUGAAGUCAUUUUAUCUACAAUAAGCGGUUUCAUACAUACAUCACCGUUCUUUUAUCAAUGGCCAAGCUUUGGUCAUUCCGCGGAACGAUCGGUGACAAGUGAUAUUAGAGGCAGAGAAUUGACAAGCUGAUGUUACUGACAAGAGGUCCGGGUGUUUUGUCAUCGCUGGAAUCGUAAAGUAGUUGGCGAUGGGACAUUUCAUGGAGAUGAUUUAACUUAAGAAACUCAAUAUCCCUAUGCUGCAAUGGAUGAUGAACCACCACCGUUACCACCUAAGAUGCGGUCAGCUGCUGGUGGCCGCUACACGCAACAGGACAUCGCAAAAGCCUUGGAAGAAGAGAACAAAGAGUAUGAGAGAAUCAAGCGUGAAAAGUUGGUACGCAGUCAGUCUCACCGAACCCAACCUGUGAAAGAAAGCACAAGUCAAGAAGGUUAUAGAACACAGAGUCUAAUUGAGAGGGGUUCAUCACGACCGAUAGAAACAAAACCAAGGCCUCGUCCAAGUACGACUGCAACAUCGCAGCCUUCGCCCAAACCUCGUAAUUUAAACAUAACGACUAAGACUGAUUCAAAUAAUUUACAAGAACCAACUCUCUUGUCAAGGAAAGGAUCCGAUUCAGGCUUUAGUAAUCUCAGUGCAGAGAAGAAUGGUAGUAGAGAUACCAGUAGUAGUAGUAGUCAGCAGGACUUGAUAUCGUUUAAUAGUCCAGAGAAACCAAAGAAUGAUAUCCUGGAAUUUCUGCACAAUGUCAAUGCCAGUCAAAGUGCAUUGGUUCCUGUAUCGCGACAAUCUUACAAUUCCAUGCAAUCAACAGUGGGACCAACUUCUUCUUUAUCUACAUAUCAAGGAGCAUUGUCUCCGGUAUUCACUGGAGUUCAGUGGCCAGUAACAAGUCAGAAUGGAGUCAGUUAUUCUAGCCUUAGUUCACCCUCACCCAUAGUUUCUUACAGGCCAUCUUUUAAUCAAGCAAUACCCAUAAUGAACUUUCCUGUGUCCAGUCAAAGCCAGGUUGUUUCCACAGUUUCUCCGGCUUUGACUGGAUCCUUGUCUGCACCUCCGCUCCCACAGAGAUGUCCUGUGUUUGAGUUGCCUCAACUCAACUCCCAAGUCAGUCAUUUGUCUCUGUCGCAAAAUGCAAGUAGUCCUUCACUCUCUCUCGUUAGUUCAGGAGUGGGUGGAAGUGGAGUGGGUGUCUCUGAAAUGUCUAUUGUAAGUGCCUAUAGUAGUAAGAAAGGAAAGUCUCCAGCCAGUGAUGAUCUUAUUGAUCUGGAUGUGAGCAUGUCGCGGGACGUGGUCGAUGAUAAAGCAACCAAAUGUAGUCUCUUAGACGUUUUUGACCCUAUAGUGUUGAAAGCCAAAGAGGAGGAGGAAGUCAAGAGGAGAAAGUCAUUGAGAUCUGUGGAUGGGGAUGGUGGGGAGGGGAGUGAGAGAGGUGAUACCACUGGUGUUCCAAUUAGUAAAGAUGCUCGUGAAUUACUUCAGUUCAAAUCUUCAAAGAAAAGGAAUGAUGAUGAGAUGAGUUAUUAUGAACAAGUGGACCCAUUUGAAUACAUGCAUCCUGGUGCAAGUAGUACAAGAUCAGAUCCUGUUUAUGAUAUCUACGAUGGCCUGGUCAGUCCUGGCGCAGUUGGUGCCGACACUUUUGAUAUCCCACCACCACUGCCUCCUAGGACAACUAAGGAAGCUGAAAUAGAAUUGAGAAAGUCAAGUUUCAGUCCUUCAUCAAAGCACAAGCAAUAUGAUAAGAAACGAUCGGCUGUUCUGUUUGAUGGGAAAUCCAGUUCAGGUCAAAUUCUUCUUAGAAAAAUCCCAGCUUUAAAUGCAGACGAUGAAGCUCGAGCCUUCUGGGACUGCAUUAAAAAACGAAGAGUUGAAUAUACUUGGGAUGACCAUGUAGGAAAUCCUGGAUUACUGCAUAGUUCCUGCAUCGAGGGCUCCGAGGACCCAAAUCUAAGUGUUAAGCUCAAAGUCUACUAUGGGGAUAAGACUCUUGCUUUCACUUGUAAUUUAAAUUCCAGUGUGGAACACGUCGUGAUGCACACAGUCUGUACCCUGGAGCUUGAGGGUGAAUCAGCUGAUUAUGUCCUUAAGGUGCGUGGCAUUGACGAUUAUUUGUCUGGAGAAACUGCCCUGGGAGAGUAUGAGUAUGUACACACGUGCAUCAAAUACGAUCAGGAUGUGUCCUUUACCCUUUUGCAUGCUGACUCGGUUAAGCGGUCGUAUCAACGAACUGAAGAAGACGAUGAUACUGUUUUGGGAAUCCAGGUUGAAGACCUCAUGUCAGCUGGAUCAGGAGAAGUUGUUCACUAUGAAACUUUAAUUAUUGUUGUAGAAACUUUUGAGACCGAACUAACUCGUCUCCAGAAUGCAGGUUUUCUCCUAAUUGAUGGCACACCCUUGCAAGAUCUUCCUACUCCCAUGAGGUCUCGUAGACUCAGACAGGUGGUUAAACACUUGUGUGCCCUUCUUGGGAAACUUGAAACGAUAGAAGUAACAGAGGCCAUAAGCUCGCUGGUAUCAACGUGCAGGACUAUUCAGCUAAGUCAGGGUAUUCUUGAUGGGGAAGAUGAUUUCCCAGGCCAACGCGUGUUAUCGACUGGGUCUCACGACUUCUCUAGUUCAGAUGAUCUAAAGCAUAUGCUCUUGGACUCUCUUAGUCGACUGUCUGGUGCUGUAAAUAGUUUCUUAGGGAUGUAUGCCAAAGCCUUCAGAGUGGACUUCACUGUUGAUGCCACUGUAGAUAACAAGAAGGAAGCUCAAGAGGUUCAAGAUGUUAGAGAGAAAGUAAGUGUCAAAGUUCAGGGUUUGCAUCGCUUGCACAUGGAUUGGAAGUACGACGAAUACUUUGUCGAAGCUCAGCUUUUUCAUGGGUCCAGGUGUAUUGGACAACCAACACAUUCCCUCAAUAAAAAAGUCAUUGUCGAUCCCAAAUUCUAUCCGAAGGUUGUCUUCAGUCAGUGUUUGGAUAUAGGUACGAGAUUCAACACCUUGCCAAGAGAAAGCCGUCUAGUGAUGACAGUUUUUGGCCUUAAGAUUAUUGAGGCAGAGAACAAAGUAGAACAACCAAAGUACAUCAGGGAGGAACUUGGUUGGGCAGCGAUACAGUAUUUCUCCUUUAGUGGACAUCUUGCUCAAGGGGCUCAUUUGCUCACACUGUGGCCUAUGGCAAGUGACCGGCGGUUAGGACCAGCCCCUUACUCGUCGGACCAUCCACAAGUUCAUGGCUGUCCUGUGCUCUCUGUUAAGUUAAUGGAUUUUGGUGGUGAAAUUCUAUUUCCUGAAAUUGUGCCUCUUCCUCCAAAGAAGCUAGAAUUUUCAUCACUAGACAUCAAUACUCAACAACAGUUGUCUGAUAUUAUUGAAAGAGACAUUUUCACUUUUAACAAAGGGUCUGCUGAGGAUCGUGAAAUCCUGUGGGAAAAGAGACAUUACCUCCAUGAGGAACCUUUUGCCCUUGCAAAAGUUCUUUUGGCAGCUCACUCCUGGGAUGUUUCGUGUCUCCCAGACCUUCACUCGCUAGUCAAGAAUUGGUCUGCCCCUGCACCUGCUGAUGCCUUACACCUACUUUUACCUUGUUUUGCAGACAGCGUAGUCCGUGCACGUGCAAUAGAGUGGAUCAAAGGUUUAGGGUCGGAUGAAUUGGUUACGUUUUUGCCCCAGCUUGUCCAGGCUGUGAAGCAUGAGGCAUGGGACGUGUCGCCGACUGCGGAGCUUUUAUUGGAACGAGCCCUAACGUCACCCAGGCUUGCUCACCAUCUGUAUUGGUUACUCAAUCAGUGCCUUCCUCUUCAGACCAACAUGGGUGGUGAACGUGAGGUUGUUAGUGAUGCCCGUUACAGACGUCGUCUAAAUUUAGUCACCAGAGCAUUGAUGGCAAUUUGUGGAAAAAACAUGGAGAACAGACUACUAACUCAGGAAGCAAUACUUAGGAGUCUUUAUGCAACUGCUAUGAACAUCAAAGACACAAAAGACUCUCAGCGAAUGCAUGUUUUGAGCCGGGACCUGGAAAAUAUCCACUUCAGUUUAGAGGCUAACCCAACAUCACUGCCUUUGUCUCCAUCUCUGGAAGUUGCUGGAGUGGAUGUGAAAAAUUGCUCCUACUUCAAUUCAUUUACGGUACCCCUAAGGUUGGCGUUUUUGUCAUCAGAAGAGGGCACUGAUCCAAUUCAUGCCAUUUUGAAGGUAGGCGAUGACCUGCGACAAGACAUGCUAGUCAUCCAGAUGAUAAGGUUGAUGGACAAGCUGUGGUUGAAAGAAGAUCUUGAUCUGAAAGUAGUCACCUUUAGUGUUGUCCCUACAGGGGACAAAAUAGGUAUAAUCGAGCUUGUCAAAGAUGCAGAAACUCUUCGGAAGAUCCAAACUGAGUAUGGUGUAACGGGGUCAUUCCAAGAUCGCCCAAUUGCUGAAUGGUUAGCAAAACAGAAUCCCUCGCAGCUAGAAUAUCAGAGAGCUGUUAAGAACUUUACAGCCUCUUGUGCAGCAUACUGUGUUGCAACCUACAUUUUAGGAAUCUGUGAUCGGCACAAUGACAACAUCAUGCUCAAGACUUCGGGUCACCUAUUCCAUAUCGACUUUGGCAAGUUCCUUGGCGAUGCACAGAAGUUUGGUAACUUUAAGAGAGACCGUGCACCAUUCGUACUGACAUCUGACAUGGCUUAUGUAAUUAACGGUGGAGAGAAGCCAUCGGACAAAUUUCAAGGGUUUGUGGAUCUCUGUUGCAGAGCCUUCAACAUUAUAAGACGCAAUGGCCAGCUUCUUUUGUAUUUGUUUGCAUUGAUGGCAUCCUCUGGUAUACCUGGAGUGACUUUGGAAGCAGUAACGUAUGUUGAGCGGUCGCUGUUACAAGACAAGACAAAUGCUGAAGCUGGAGCCAUGUUUUCCCGUAUGAUUCAAGAGUCUCUGAAGUCCUGGUUUACUCAGGUCAACUUCUUCAUACACAAUUUAGCACAGCUCAGAUUUUCUGGGGACCACAAUGAUGAUCUGCUCUUGUCCUUCAUCCCUCGUACUUACACUGAAGCUCAAGAUGGAAAAAUAUCACUUGUGAGGCUGUACAGCUAUCAGAAGAGAUACAACCCCAACAAGUAUUAUGUUUACAUUUUGCAAGUUGAGAGGGAAGGGCAGCGAGAGCCAUCGUACCUGUUCCGAUCAUACCGCGAAUUUUCUGAAUUUCACCAGAAGCUCUGUCUGGUCUUUCCUUUGGCAAGAAUUCACAGCCUUCCAAAAGGCGUGCAGAUUGGUCGUUCCGAAGUAAAGGCUGUUGCGGAGAAACGAAAAUAUGAAAUAGAGCUUUUCUUAGCCACGCUGUUUGACUUGGCACCAGAGAUAUCUCAUUCAGAAUUGGUGUACACUUUCUUUCAUCCAUUACUAAGGGACCAAGAGGAUACUGACAUUCACAUAAGAAAGCUCAAAAACAAAGAUACACGCAUGUCUGUCACGCCUCCAAUGCUCACAGCACCUGGACAAGUUCAGGGACAAGUAAAGGUUAGCUUUCAGUAUUUAAGAGGGCAGUUGCAGAUCAUGGUGCACCAUGCAAGGAAUCUCUCUCUAAUCAGUAACAAUCAGGAGCCUUCUCCAUACGUCAAGUUAUACCUGUUGCCAGACCCCCACAAGAAAACUAAAAGGAAAACGAAAGUAGUCAAGAAAACUUGUCAUCCGACAUUUAUGGAACCUAUUACAUACCGCAUGUCUCAGGAUAUAGUGAAACAGCGUGUCCUCGAAAUUAGCGUAUGGAGUGAGGAUAAAUUUAGUGAAAACAUGUACCUAGGCAGUUCGUAUCUUCGACUCUGCAAUUUAGAAUUGAAGGAAGAGCACUCUGAAUGGCUGAGCUUAGAACAUCAGCGAAACACUGCUUUAGGUCAUACAAUCCAGCACAGUGCCUAAUAGAAACACACUAUGGUUAGGACCAGUCAGUUUCACGGUAUUCUUAUUUGCUUAAAUGAUUAUAUGUUAUAAAUUAUAUUUUAUUAUAUACUAUUUGAUAAUGGCAUUUAUACCUAAUAAUUUGUAAUUGUUAAAAUAGCAAAUUGUAUUGACAAUGUACGAUAUUGUUUUUAAAGCUUAAAGAAUAUAAUGGGUUUUAUCUAUAAA